UCGACCACAUCCCCUCUUUCAUUGACUUUCUUUCGUACUCUCUACUUCCUCGAGUCUCCCAACACAAUCCCUUCAUCUCCAGAAUGCGCUCUACCAUUAUCGCUCUUGCAGCGGUGCCAGCGUUGUGCUCUGCUGCAGGUAUCUCUCGGGAGACACGGGAUCAAAUCGUACGAGAAGCCCACUACCACAAAAACCUCAUACGAGGAGUCCAGGCCACCCCUUCCAGCAUCGACUGGUACGAAGAAACCGCGCCCGUCAACACACCCGCACAGACGCCCGCCAACACACCCGCACAGACGCCCGCCAACACCCCCCAGCACCGCGGCGGCGGCGGCGGCCACCCCAAGCACAUCUGGGCCGCGACGUCCUACACGACCGUCUUCCCCACCCCCAGCCACGGCGGCUUCGAAAAGCCAGAGGAGAACCACGAGCAGCACUGGGGUCACCACCAGCAGCCCUCCUUCAAGACGAGCAUCUUGACCGGCGGCCCGUACCCGUCUGGGUACGUCGCUCCGACCACCAGCGAGGACCCGACGACCGUGUAUGUCACGACCACUGCUGAGGCCAGCGGGACGACCGUGACGCGCACCGUGGAGACCACUGUCACGGAUACCAACACCGUCGACGAUCCGAUCACAGCGACCGUCGCUACGGCCACGGUCACCGCUACGGUCACUGAGGCGACUUAGGUGCAGCUAGCGUUGCAGCAAGCUUGGAAGUUGAGAGAGCCGGAGAGACGAGAGAAGAAAGGGGAGGUUUGCAGAAGGAGGGAGGACGUGGUAAUGGAGGAGUAUUAAGACAGGAGCGGGGGGAGUAGAUGCUAGAUCCAGCCAACUAAUGCUUUCAACGAUCUUAGAUAAGCAGGGGAGGGGCCUGAAGGAAGGCGUUUCGAUCUAGCUUAAUAUAUU